AUGACCGAGACACAGGCCGCGGCCGCGAUACCGACAUAUGGGCAGUCCACUGGGCUCGCGCCGCCUGUACAGGAUGCUGGUACCUCGCGUGCAGCAAGCGCUCUGCCGGUCCGGAAGCUCGGUGGGCGGUACAAGCUCUCCGACUUUUCCUUCCUGCGCACGCUGGGCACCGGCUCGUUUGGGCGAGUGCACCUUGUGCGCAGCGAGCAUAACCAACGCUUCUAUGCCGUGAAGGUGCUGCGCAAGAGCCAUGUCGUAAAGAUGAAGCAGGUGGAGCACGCCAACAACGAGCACCGCGUCUUGUCGAUGGUGCGCCAUCCCUUCCUGGUGAACCUGUGGGGCACCUUCCAGGACCCGACGUUCCUCUAUCUUGUGAUGGACUUUGUGCCUGGUGGCGAGCUCUUUACGCUCCUGCGCCAGUCGCGCCGCUUUCCCCACCAGGUCGCCAAAUUUUACAUCUCGGAAGUGGCACUGGCCAUCGACUUCCUUCACAAGCACAACAUUAUCUACCGUGAUCUGAAACCGGAAAACAUCCUCCUCGGCGCGGACGGGCACCUGAAGCUGAUCGACUUUGGCUUUGCAAAGGACACAACGAGCACGAGCGGCGUGUGCUGGACGCUCUGUGGGACGCCCGACUACCUCGCGCCCGAGGUGAUCCGCGCGCGCGGGUACAACGAGAGCGUCGACUGGUGGUCUUUGGGUGUGCUGCUCUUUGAGAUGCUCGCGGGCUACCCACCAUUCUACACCGAGGACGGCAACCCAAUCAAGCUCUACGAAAAGAUUCUCGCGGGCAACGUGCAGUACCCCUCAUUCUUCGAGGCGGGCGCCAAGGACCUCUUGCGCUCGCUUCUCACUGCAGACCUCUCGAAGCGGUACGGUAACCUGCUGCACGGAAGCCGCGACAUCUUUUCGCACAUGUGGUUCGCCGAGAUCGACUGGGACUGCCUGUACCGCAAAGAGAUCCCUGCGCCGUACAUCCCCAACAUCAGCGUCGACGGCGAUGCGAGCCAGUUUGAAAAGUACCCAGAGGUGGACCUGGCCGAGUACGCACGGCCAGAGGCGCCCGACGAGUUCCCCGGAUACUUUCCCGACUUUUGA